UAGCUGUAAAACAUUAUCAUCCUGUGUGAGGUCUUCAAAGCUAACAAAAUACUAGAAAAUCUAAAUUACGACAAAAUGUCACAAAAUAUCUUCAGUCUGUGUUUAGUAUUACUGUUGGGGGUUGAAUUGGUUGUAGGUAGCGCCUCUGAAGAAGAUGGCCCACCAGCUCCAGGCAUGCUCAAAAUGCUGUACCCCAAAUUGACGAAAGAGCAGGCGAAAAAAUGCAUAGACGAAACCGGCGUGUCCAGAUCCGAUUUCGAAUCGAGCAGAUCUGGUAAUGAGCCCAAUUCUAAAUUACUUUGUUUCGCCAGAUGCAUGGUCUUGGCUAGCGGGACCCUAACUAAAGAUGGAGAAAUAAUAUCCGACCUAGUAAAAGAAAAUGCUCCAAAGUUUCUGGUCGGAAAUGCUCUGGACGAUGCAGUGACAUGUCUGGAAGCGAUACAAGAUAAAAUAGUCACGUGCGACGAUAUGAAAAAGGUGAUAAAAUGUAUUCCAAAACCACCAAGGCGUCCAGAAUAACAUUAGAUCAUGUAUAAGUGUUAUACUAUGCGAGUUAUUGUCUUGUUUAUGUUAAGGUUUUCCAAUAAAGUUGUA